GUUGUAUUAUUGGAAAUUUGCAGGGUUAUGAUUUUAUUAGUGAUGAAGAUGCUAACAAGUGGGAUCAGGAUCAACAUGAAUCUAGAGAAAUAAGACUUCCAACAUUAUCCGAGUUAGAGAUACAAUUAGGAAUAAAGAAUAAAGUAUCCAGAGAAGAAACCCUAGCUUCUGAAGCUUUUAAUCAAGUAGAGGAUCUCAUUUUUGAAGAAUGCCCA